AUGAAAUAUAGUUUUCGCUUUCUCACCUCCCCUCGCCUUUCCUCCCUCCCUUUCUCCCCCACACUUAUGCAUUCACACACAUACGCGACCCCCUCCCCCUUUUCAUCAUUUCCCAUCUCCCUCUUCUCUAAAACAAACAUGGCCGCUAAAUCUGAUGGUGCACCCGUCUCGUUGCGAAAUGACAUCCUGCCCGAGUGCCUGUCCGGUUCUGAUCAACGUUCGCUUCAGUGCCACCCUGCUAGGAAGCGCUACUCGCUCCUCGACUGCAGCUGGACGCUAUGUGCCCUUUUGGUCUUCUUUUCGGACGGGGCCUCAGACCUGUGGCUGGCCGCGGACUACUACCUCAGGCGGAACUACUGGUGGUUUGCAUUGACACUGGUCUUCGUGAUCGUUCCAUCUGUGGUGGUUCAGGUGUUGAGUUUUAGGUGGUUCGCCUAUGAUUAUUCGGAUACCAACGACAGUAGCACAGCCGCAGCUGCCGUGGUCGCAGCAUCGGACGCGAAGAGCCAUUUCAGCACCAAGGACAGCGAUCAAGGGGUUGCUGGCCGCGAUGCAGCGGUCGGGGCAUUGCCUACGACCGGCACUAUGGGAGGCGCCCGGGGCUGCUGCAGAGCCUUUAUGUGGCUCUUUCAAUGCUUCAUCCAUAUAUUUCAGCUAGCACAGGUCUGGAGGUAAGAUCACUCAUACACGGAUACUGUACUGGCUUGAACGUGUGUGUGAGACGGGGUUCUGCUUAGAUGGUGAUCAAAACAUUCCAAAAGCCCUACUAGUCUACUAUAUCUUGGUUUGUUUUAACAGCUCAAUUUUGAACAUUAUUGUUAAACACAUAUCCUAAUUUCAGCCUUUUCCCUACUAAACCAAACUCACCCAGAGAAGGCUACUCUAUUCACAAUGUCGAUAUGUCUUUUGUAUCGCUUUCUUUGACGUCUGGUAACGAAGGAAGGGAGUUGUAAGCUCCUCCCCCCUCACGAGCUUCUAGGUCAAUAAUCUCCCGGGGAAAAUCGUCUACUCAUCCACACCGUCUGCUUUAUGAACACACAAAUCCCCUUUGUCUAACUUCCAUCGUUUGAGUGUGAAAGUGUCGGGUCUUCUGUGAGAUGGGGAGUGUUAGGAUUUGAUAUCAGGGCAUGGAUUUCCUAUGUUAUGGAUUUUCUAUCUAUGCCAUACAUGCCAAAUAUGGAAAAUAGGCUAGAUAUGGUAGGAGGAUGUAACAAAUAUAUCUUAGUCUCAUUGCAUUUCACAGUGCAGAUAUAUGGCUCUGGAGGUCUCAGCCACAGAUACAGAAGUAGUAGUCUUCGGAAUCAGCCAUAGUCUGUGAUGAUUGGUUUUGACAGGCUCUAGCUGUGCCUUUGAACUGUAGUGAGAAGACUGGUAGGCUAAUUGUAUUUACAGCAGCCAGUGAUACAGACCUCAGAGGCAAAUCAUUCAUUCUCUAUGUCCUUUUAUCCCCCACCUCUCUCUCUCUUUCUCUCUCUCUCUCACUGUUCCCCUGGGACAGAAAGUAAGUUUACAUAGCUAGGCAACUGUAUGUCAAUUUACCUGUGAGGGAUUGGCCUUUAGGUCAAUUCACUGUCACUUGAAUGAGUCUGCCAGCACAUGAUCUACUGUAGAAACACUAUUUGAAUAGACAACCACGCCAUCAUUUCUUUCUUUGCAAAAUCUUUUUCACUGCAUCUGCAUCUUUAAACUGCAUCAUUGGGAAAUGUUUGUAAGCAAGCAUUUCACUAUAAAGUCUACCCCAGUUGUAUUCAGCGCAUGUGAUAAAUCAAAUUGGUUUAGUUUUGAUUGGAUUUUAGAUUACUCCAUGGGCAGGAUUUACAUAUUCUUUAUUUCCUCGUAUAGAUUGAGACACGGUACCGUCCAGUCUGAGGAGUCUAUUGAAAGUCUCUGAGGCAAAGUGGUAUUAGCUGUAAUUCCAUUAAAGCUGUUGUGUGUGCUCUGUUCCAUGCGGCUGGUCUCGGAAUGGCGUGUCUGCGCAUUAAAGAGGAUUACCAUUGUAUGUUUUACCCUCAGGUGUUGACUCAGGAAUUAACUGUCACUGAUACACAGACAGACAGGUGCACAGGGAUGGAGGCGAGUAAAGGCUAAUGAUGCUGUUCUGUGGUCAGCAAAGCAUGUUGUCAUUACAUUUCAAUCAGCUUGGAUGAUAUUAGAUGGGAGUGGCAUGGCAGAAUGCUUUUGGACCACUUUGAAUGAGAAUAAUCAUCAGUGGGCAACUAUAGCAUGCAUGUCUGUGUGUUCUGUGUGUGUAUAUGACAUCCCCAGGCAGAGGAAACCAGAACGAAAAGGGUUAUACUCACUCCCUCCUGGUUCACUAGGCUCAUUGAGAUACUAUAGGACAGGGCUCUGUUUUGUCCCAUCCUCCCUCUAGCCAUCACCGAGCCACAUUUAGUUCCGGUUCCACCAUCACAGAGAAACAUUUAUCUUUCACACAAUCAGUCGGAGGUAAUGACUCAUGACAAAAACAGUCACUACAUUUAGAGAGGUUGAAGUCAAAUGAGGAAGCCACAUUUUAUAUUGUCAAAGCGAUCACUUCUGUAGCCUAGAGAGGACAGGAUGAAGUGACCAGUCAGAUUCAUGCUCAGUGGCACUCUACCAAGAGACGACAAACUAUUACCAGUUAUUCUGUCUGGAUGGAGUGACAGCUCCCAGGCUGUCUGGAGUUUGAAGUUCAGUUGCUAGAAUGAGGCUGGACUGAGGCUGCACUGAGCCAUCUGUCUUGAGAUGGUGCUGGCAUGUGGCUAAAACAGAUUGAUAUGGAGUGUUUCUUGAUAGCUCUCACAAAUUUGGACAUGAUUCUAAUAUCAUACUCAUGCCCUUCCCUCUCUGUCCCUACCCCCCCCCCCACCUCCCUCUUCCCCUCUGAUGUUCCACAGGUAUGUCCAUGCCCUGUACUUGGGGGUGCAGAGUCGCUGGCGUGGGGACCAUGAGCGCCGUCACUUCUACUGGCGCAUGAUGUUUGAGAGCGCUGACAUCAGCAUGCUGCGCCUGCUGGAGUCCUUCCUAAAGAGCGCCCCCCAGCUGGUCCUGCAGCUCAGCAUCAUGGUCCAGGCCAGCCAGGUCCUCCCGCUGCAGGGUGAGUCACGGUCUGAACACAAAAACUGUCCUGAACCUUAAUAAUUACUAGUGGCAUCACCAUCUCAAACUCCCCCAUACAAUCCACAGUGAUGACCUAUCCUUGACAUUGACACGUCCUUUACCUUACUAAUCACUCACUAGUGACAUCACCAUCUCAAAUUACCCAGUAUCUUGACACAUUCUAUACCCAAACCCAUAUAUAUUGCUUAUGCCUAUACAGUGCCUUGCAAAAGUAUUCAUCCCCCUUGGCGUUUUUCCUAUUUUGUUGCAUUACAACCUGUAAAAAAAAUAACUUGUUUCAAAAAAUAAAUAAAAAUGGAAAAGUGGUGCGUGCAUAUGUAAAUAAGCCCCUAAAUAAGAUUUGGUGCAACCAAUUACCUUCAGAAGUCACAUAAUUAGUUAAAUAAAGUCCACCUGUGUGGAAUCUAAGUGUCACAUGAUCUCAGUAUAUAUACACCUGUUCUGAAAGGCUCCAGGGUCUGCAACACCACUAAGCAAGGGGCACCACCCAGCAAGCUGCACCAUGAAGACCAAGGAGCUUUCCAAACAGGUCAGGGACAAAGUUGUGGAGAAGUACAGAUCAGGGUUGGGUUAUAAAAAUAAUAUCUGAAACUUUGAACAUCCCACAGAGCACCAUUAAAUCCAUUAUUAAAAAAUUGAAAGAAUGUGGCACCACAACAAACCUGCCAAGAGAGGGCUGCCCACCAAAACUCACGGACCAGGCAAGGAGGGCAUUAAUCAGAGAGGCAACAAAGAGACCAAAGAUAACCCUGAAGGAGCUGCAAAGCUCCACAGCGGAGAUUGGAGUAUCUGUUGAUAGGACCACUUUAAGCCGUACACUCCACAGAGCUGGGCUUUACGGAAGAGUGGCCAGAAAAAAAGCCAUUGCUUAAAGAAAAAAUUAAGAAAACACGUUUGCCAAAUGGCAUGUGGGAGACUCCCCAAACAUAUGGAAGAAGGUACUCUGGUCAGAUGAGACAAAAAUUGAGCUUUUUGGCCAUCAAGGAAAAGGCUAUGUCUGGCGCAAACCCAACACCUCUUAUCACCCCGAGAACACCAUCCCCACAGUGAAGCAUGGUGGUGGCAGCAUCAUACUGUGGGGAUGUUUUUCAUCGGCAGGGACUGGGAAACUGGUCAGAAUUGAAGGAAUGAUGGAUGGCGCUAAAUAUAGGGAAAUUCUUGAGGGAAACCUGUUUCAGUCUUCCAGCAGGACAAUGACCCUAAGCAUACUGAUAAAGAAACAAUCAAGUGGUUUAAGGGGAAACAUUUCAAUGUUUUGGAAUGGCCUAGUCAAAGCCCAGACCUCAAUCCAAUUGAGAAUCUGUGGUAUGACUUAAAGAUUGCUGUACACAAGCGGAACCCAUCCAACUUGAAGGAGCUGGAGCAGUUUUGCCUUGAAGAAUGGGCAAAAAUCCCAGUGGCUAGAUGUGCCAAGCUUAUAGAGACAUACCCCAAGAGACUUGCAGCUGUAAUUGCUGCAAAAGGUGGCUUUGGGGGGGUGAAUAGUUAUGCACGCUCAAGUUUUCUUCUUUUUUUGUCUUAUUUCUUGUUUGUUUCACAAUAAAACAUAUUUUGUAUCUUCAAAGUGGUAGGCAUGUUGUGUAAAUCAAAUGAUACAAACCCCCCAAAAAUCCAUUUUAAUUCCAGGUUGUAAGGCAACAAAAUAGGAAAAAUGCCAAGGGGGGUGAAUACUUUCGCAAGCCACUGUACCUUAAUAAUCACUCACUAGUGACAUCACCCUCUGAAACUCCCCAACACGUGAAAUCCACACCAUUCUUCAUUUAAAAAUCCCUCCACAAAGAUGGGUAAACGCUGACACACAUUCUAGCAUACUGGUCUGUAUUGUAGGAAUGUUUCCCUGGCCUGAAGCAUUCCUUAGACUACAAUGGAGCCUUCUGCUUCACAUGACACUCAGCUCAGCAGCGAGUUCUUUUAAUCUCAUGACUGCCAGACCCUUUUACACUGCUAAACCUCUACUUUAAUUUUUCUGUCUCUCUCUCUUUCUGCCUGGCUCCUGUCUCUCCCUGCCUCUAUCUCUCUCUCCAGGCCUCUCAGCCUCUGCCUCUCUGAUGUCUCUGUCCUGGAUGAUCGCCUCCUACCAGAAGGUUCUGAGGGACUCCCGGGACGACAAGCUGCCCAUGUCCUACAAGGCCGUCAUUGUACAAAUCCUAUGGCACCUGUUUACCAUCGGAGCUCGUACAAUGGCCUUCGCUCUGUUUGCCUCUGUAUUCCAACUCUACUUUGGUAUCUUCAUCGUGGCCCAUUGGUGCAUCAUGACAUUCUGGAUAAUUCAAGGCGAAACAGACUUCUGCAUGUCCAAAUGGGAGGAGAUAAUCUAUAACAUGGUGGUCGGCAUUGUGUAUGUUUUCUGUUGGUUUAGCGUAAGAGAGGGGCGCACACGCUGCCGUAUGCUCAUCUACAGCGUGGUUGUAUUUAUUGAGAACGUGGCACUCACCACAUUCUGGUAUCUGUACCGUGGCCCACAGACCUCAGACUUUAAUGCCCUGCUCACAGUGUGCAUGGUGGUCAGUAGCUACGCUCUGGGCACCUUCUUUAUGUUCGUCUACUACUGCCUGCUGCACCCUGACGGUCCUAUCUCAGGGUGGGGAUGUGGGGUGCCGGAGGAGGUAACAGUGGAGUCCUGCCUUUCCCCAGCUUCCUCUCUCCCUCCAGAUGUAGUGGCCAGCCCCCCCAGGACCCUGCAGAGGACUAAAGGGGGAGACCGUGAGCAGAUGGGAGGGGCUAAUGCAGAUGUGUUUCUAGUACGAACACUUAAAAGAGGAGCCAAGGCCACUUUUCCACCCCUCGCCCCUAGUACAGAGGGGCCAGUCAUCCGUAUUGACUUGCCCAGGAAGAAGUACCCUGCCUGGGAUGCCCACUUCAUCGACCGCAGGCUGCGCAAAACCAUCCUGGUGCUCGAGGGUGCUGCUCCGGUCACACCAAGGAUCCAGUACCGCUGUCUGGGCUCACCCACAGAGGUGAUGGAGUAUGAGACCACGGUGUGAACCGCAGAGAGUGCUGUUACUCAACUGGCUUUCAGCCAGCCGGCAAGGCCCCACAGUGGCACACAGCUGACUAACUCUCUCUGAGGAUCAGUUCUGCUCUAUAGCCCCUCGGUGUUGUGAAGCAUCAAGGGUACACUGACAAGGAGAGGUGGAGUGUGUCCAAAUGUUUUCACAUUAAAGGUCUGGGACAGAAAGACACAAUGUCUGAUGUGGCCUAAGUAGGUGACUAGGUGAGGUGUGUAUUUUGGUGUCAGUAUAAUUUCUCAGGUUAGGGGGAUGGUACAGGGAGGAUUAUGGGGCAGGGGUCAGAGGUUAGGGAUCAGUGAACAUGCAGAGGGACACCGAAAGAGGAGCUGGGCUUCGUGGCUAGCUGUCAAUCAGAGGGAAACCAUCCUCAAUGAACGUGCUUCAAAAUAAUGUCCUCUCAAGCCAAGACAAAUACCAUCAGAGACAAUACCUAAACAUAUGAAUACCUAUGACAAUAUUUCUGUUAAUUUAUUAUGAUAAUACACCAUAACAGUAAAUAAGUCACAUGGGGUAUGCUUAAUACAUACCCAUCUAAUGGAGCUACUGGAACAGGACAUUUUAACCUGAAGAUGACAAAGGAAGAUCUUAUUGCUGUGUGUGAUUUGUCAUAGCUAUUUAUGCAUGUUUAAGUAAUCUCAAAGCCUUAAUAAAUUGUCGAAAAUCCAUAGGACAAUUUCUAAAGAGCAACAUAAAUUGAACAAAUGUAUCGAGAUGAAUGUUCAGUACACUAUGUUUUUAUACAGUUGGUGUGGUAUUACCACAACGUUCCUGUAGUACAACAAACAGGAAGUAGGCUGGAUACGGAAUAUGCAGGAUUGCUGUACCAUGGAUUACUAUAUUAUGUCUAACUUGUCUGGACUCUGGAUGCCGUGUAUAAAAUAGUUUAGAUAUCUGUCAAUCUUCAUGAGGAUGAUACAGUAUGUGUUUCGUGUGUAUCUAGGUUGUCAUUGCUCGAUAAAUAAGUGUUCUUUCUAACACAAAAAAUGGAGCGUAUCAACUUUAAAUCCAGAAGAAGACAGAACCAUUAUGUGGCUGAGAGGUUGAAACUGGGAGCAUUUUUAUGUGAGGAGCGUGUGUGCGCUUGUUCGUGCACGUGUAUGUUGUACAUUGGGGUUCAUAUGAUAUUGUGUCGUAGAAAGAUGAUGAGGCGUUAGUUCUUAAUGCUGUCCAGUUAACUCAAUUAUCCUGUUAGCACGCAGAUGAAAUCAGUAUCUCCACAUAGCCACAGAACUAUGAAGCCACGGCUCCAUGUUGGUGCUAACUGUUGAGUCUGUGUAUAA